CACAGGAAGUUCAAACCAUCCCCCACCAUCAUCAGGGUGAAGAACAGAUUAAUAUAAAAGUUGAAGUUAAAGAGGAAGAAGAAGAGUCGUAUGUGGGGGGUGAUCAGCCGUCCACGGAGGAGGUUGGGAUGAUUAUGAGGAGUGAACAGGAUGACAUUUCUCACAUUAUCAACACAAAUGGAUGUGAUGUGAGGAAUUCCUCGGAGAGACAUCUUCUAUUAUCUGCUGAUUGUAAGUCAGAAGAUAAUGUCAUCACACAGGAUCCUCCAGGAGGAAAUCCAAAUACACAAAAUAUACAUCACAGACCUUCCUGUCCGGAGACAUCAAUGGAUCGCUCUGAUCAGGGGGAAUCUUCUCAUCAAUCACAUACUAUGAUUGUAAAUAUCCAUGUAAGAUCUCACACUGCAGAUAGACCAACAGAUCUUUCUAAUCCCGAGGAAUCUUCCUCACCCCAUGAAGGAGAUCACCGAGGUGACAAUCUAUUCUCAUGUUCAGAGUGCGGGAAAUCUUUCACUCAGAAAGGAGCACUUACUAGACACCAGAGAAUUCACACGGACGAGCGUCCCUAUUUAUGUGUAGAGUGUGGAAUAUCUUUCACUCUGAAAGGAAACCUUGUGAAACACCAGAGAAUUCACACGGGUGAGCGUCCUUAUUCAUGUUCAGAGUGCGGGAAAUCUUUUAUUCAAAAAGAAGCCCUUGUUAGACACCAGACAAGUCACAGGAGUGAACGUCCUUAUUCAUGUUCAGAGUGUGGGAAAUCAUUCACUCUGAAAGGAAACCUUGUGAAACACCAGAAAAUUCACACGAAUGAGCGUCCUUAUUCAUGUUCAGAGUGCGGGAAAUCUUUUAUUCAAAAAGUAGCCCUUGUUGAACACCAGUCAGGUCACACAGGUGAGCGUCCUUAUUCAUGUUCAGAGUGCGGGAAAUCUUUUACUCGGAAAGGAAAACUUAUUCAGCAUCAAAGAAUUCACACGGGUGAGCGUCCUUAUUUAUGUGUAGAGUGUGGAAUAUCUUUCACUCUGAAAGGAAACCUUGUGAAACACCAGAGAAUUCACACGGGUGAGCGUCCUUAUUCAUGUUCAGAGUGCGGGAAAUCUUUUACUCAAAAAGUAGUCCUUGUUAAACACCAGACAAGUCACAGGAGUAAGCGUCCUUAUUCAUGUUUAGAGUGCGGAAAAUCUUUCAAUCAGACAGGAGAUUUUGUUAGACACCAGAUAAGUCACAGGGGUAAGCAUCCUUAUUCAUGUGUAGAGUGUGGAAAAUGUUUCACUCUGAAAGGAAACCUUGUGAGACACCAGAGAAGCCACACGGGUAAGAAUCCUUAUUCAAGUUCAUAGUGUGGGAAAUCUUACAACAAGAAAGAUUAUCUUGUUAAACACCAGAGAAGUCACACUGUCCCUAUUCAUGUUCAGAGUGCCGGAAAUCUUUAAUUUGUAAUGAAAACCUUAUUGGACACCAGAUAAUUCACACUGGUGAGCGUCCUUUUUCAUGUUCAGAGUGCGGGAAAUCUUUCACUCGGAAAGGACAACUUGUGAAACACCAGAGAAGUCACACUAUGCUUUAAGUGCAGGAGUGAGUCCUCCUCAUUUCUCCAGCCUGUCAGUGCCCUUCCCUCUGUGGCCAUACCGCUGAGUACAAGGUCCCUCUUCAUAAUGCCAGAUGUGAAUGCAAACUUUUUAUGGAUUUGUUUAUAUGUAUUAAAGUGCUUAUGUGCGCU